CUCUUUCCCUUUUCAUGAGAUGCAGAGCCUGGAGAGGAGCGGAGCCGGCGGGAGCAGCAUGUUGCAGCCGCUAUUCUAGGGGUGCUGGGUGAAGUGGGCCGCCCUCUGCCACCCUCUCCCAGGUGCCAGGAGGAGGUGGCUGACUGUCACUCAGGGCCUCACCGAACCAUGCCCAGCUGGGGACCGCACCAGCCACACCUUCCCAGCUGCGCUGCCCACCGCCAGGCAGACACACUUAGAAGGGGGAGUAUAAAGAUAGUGAAUAAAGAAAAGAGGCUGGCAAGAGGAAAACCCUGCAGUGAGCAGUGAGGAGACAAUGAAUGCUCAAGAGGAACAAAAGGAAAUGAGAAAGGUGAUGCUGACGCUGCUGGUCCAGGGACCAUGCUUGGAGACCCACUACACUAGGGCAAGCAGGAAGAGAGUCCUCCUUCUGGAACUGAAGAAGGCAGUGUGAAGACCCAUGUGGAGCGCCUUAACCCGCAGCCUCUCUGACCACCCAGUUGGCAAAGACCCUCAGGCCAUGAGGACUGGCCAAAGACAGUGAGAGGACGUGCAAGGGUAAAUUCCUGAGCCCCGCAGUCUUAUUUGCUGCCCUGACGUCCCUGCAAACCAGCCCAAGGGUUAACCGUAAGCGGAUGCCUGUAUGGCGGCCUUACUGAUGCCACGCAGGAACAAAGGGAUGAGGACUCGACUGGGAUGCCUGUCUCACAAGUCAGACUCGUGUAGUGAUUUCACAGCUAUUCUUCCAGACAAACCCAACCGCGCUCUCAAGAGAUUAUCCACAGAAGAAGCUACGAGGUGGGCAGAUUCCUUUGAUGUGCUUCUUUCUCAUAAGUAUGGGGUGGCUGCAUUCCGUGCCUUCUUGAAGACGGAGUUCAGUGAGGAGAACCUGGAGUUCUGGUUGGCCUGUGAGGAGUUCAAGAAGACCAGGUCAACAGCAAAACUGGUCUCUAAGGCCCAUAGGAUCUUUGAGGAGUUUGUGGAUGUGCAGGCUCCACGGGAGGUAAACAUUGACUUCCAGACCCGAGAAGCCACGAGGAAGAACAUGCAGGAGCCGUCCCUGACUUGCUUUGACCAAGCCCAAGGAAAAGUACACAGCCUCAUGGAGAAAGACUCUUACCCCAGGUUCCUGAGGUCCAAAAUGUACUUAGAUCUGCUGUCCCAAAGCCAGAGGAGGCUCAGUUAGACCUCAGAAGUGGACUCCCGGAAAUCACCGGCUUUCCCCUCCUCUUGCUGCCAAGAUCAUAUUCUAAUGUGAAAUGUCAUAGGUGUUCAAAAGUGGUGGCAUUGGGGGUGAGAGGCUGGGGGUGAGGAGGGAAUGAAGGGCCAUUCCAAAGUAUGACCCAGCUGCUGGAGCUUGGACUCUAUUCCAUUUACCCAUGUUUGUGUUUUGGUUAGUGGUAGCGCCUUGCCGCUGUCACCCUUUUCUGGGUCAGCAACUUGCCCUUCAUAAUGCCUUGGGUCACCUCUGCUGAGAGGGCAGAUUUGCUGUGCUAGGCUAAUCUGUAAAUAAUGCAAAUGCAAUUCCUACCACCUCCACACCCUCCUCAGUUAGGAUUCCUGACUCCACUUGUUGUAAAUCCCUGGGAGGAGUAGCUGAAAGACUUGGGCUCCACUCUGUGAUUUGUAGUGGCCAGCUCUGCUCACUGGGACCUCACAGCUUAGGAGAGAGGUUUCUGUGGAAUUCCAAGUUUCUAGUGCUGUCAUUGACAGGUGACCUCUUGGAGAAGGAGUGAAAUCCAUGGAGUUGUUUGUUUCUUCCAUUUCCAUUGGACCAGUGUGAAAAACUGUGAUUACUUUCCAUCUUGGCCUAGGAAAUUCACAAGACUACCCUACCCUUACAUUUCCAGAAAGAGUCUUGGGACAUGUCCUUCAUGACUUCUGAAGUGGAAUUGCCAUGAAGAAAGAUACAGCUUACAAAUCUUCCUCAAUUCUACGAAGAACUUUUCCAGAAGUCAGGAGACGAGGGAAUGUAGCACCAGUAGACUUCUAUUCAAAGGGGUACCAUAUAACCUGUCUGUUGCUCUGUGUCUUCUCUGCCCUCACCUCUCUGCAGCAUCAUACAUCACUGAUCUCUUAGGAUGACAACUUGGCAAAGGGAGGUGAAUUCCUGUAGCAUGGAGUGCUCCCACGGUGCCUAGUACUUUCCCUGUAUCUCCACCUCCCCCCUUCCAUGCCGGUCAUGUAAUUAUGAUGGGGGAGAACGGGAAUUUAGGCUGAAACUCUUUCCAGCAUACUUCCUGGGAACAUGCUUACUUAGAAAGAUCUCUCUCUUGGAUACCAUGAAGCAGCUUCUUUCUUGAUCUUUGACCUUUUGGAAUUGAGCAUGAAAUAGGAGGUGUGGCUAAGAAGAUCACUGUGAGCAUCUGGAUGUGGAGAACCUUCCUAAAAUGCUUUCAUGGUAUCCUACAGCUGCUCUUGGAAGUGUGUCAGGCAACUCUUCCUUGGAGGAUGAGUGAGCAGCCUGGAACCUACUCUAGCUACCCAGGAAAAAGCUGACUUUGGCACAAGAGUAGUGCCAAGGAGAUGAACCUUUAGCAGAGAGACCAGAAAGUGAAAGUGGGGCAUGCAAGAGGCUGGUUUCCAGGUGGAGAGGCUAACAGAGUGGAGUUACUGUUGGAAUAAUUCACGACCAAUGGAUUUGGAUUCACUGCAGAUCUACAAAACUUUCAGCUUGACUAAGUGGAACAGCACAUGAUUAAGCAUAAGCUCUGUGCAGGCGAUUGCAAACUGAGCUGAACCAUUCUCGUUUUAAGGGGUGAGGGGCCUUUUAAGGUUAUGCUGGUGGUGUUCCAGUGCUUGUGUUCCUCUCCGUUAACUUUGAGAAUCUCUUCCUUUUUUAGCUAUAGCUAGACCAGGCCAAGAAGGCCCUUGAGUCCCACUAGUGCUAGGGCCCACUGCACUGCCACGGCACAUUGUUAUCUGUGAGUGAGGGUGGGUGUGACUGUGUGAACCUCAAGGGGAGAGAAGAACACACGUCUCCUAGCCCUCUUCGGUCUCACACCGAAGAGACCUGUGGAAUUUCGUGUUCGAGAACUCCAAAGCCUCAAAUGGGUGAUCCUAGUUAGAUCAGGUAGUAUCCUCCCAACCGUGGUUAAAAAAACAAAUCAUUCUUUUUUAGAUAAAGCUGCCAGAAUUAAUUUAAUGAUUAAAUUCUCUAACAGGGUAUUUUAAACAUUGUUUACAUAUGAAAUGUGCAUCUGCUGCCAACUCUACUGUCGAAUAUGAGGUGCAUAUAAAUUGGAAUUGCACAGAGUUAUAGAAAUGUGAAACAUUCUAAAAGGGGCCUUUUUCACCACUUCCACUAUCCCAAGGAGAAAAGCCUGAACGAGAGUGUCGUGCUAUAGCCUCAUAGAGGGACCUAGAGUUCUUGCCAACUAUUGAGGAAACAAAGGCUGCAGGUGAUGGUAUCACGGCUCCCUGGUGACUUCCUCCCACAAUGGGGAGGUGUGAAAGACCCCAGCUUGGGGAUCCUGAAUUUUGCAGCUAAGCAAGGGUAUGUGGGCGUGUGUCCGUGUAUAGAGGAACGUGAUAGCUAAAUUUAUGGUACUCCUGUGGAGCGUCUCUGUGUGUUUGUGUGUGUGUGACAAUUGUGAGCAUUAGACUAGUACAUGGCAGACAUGACCUUCCCAUGGGGUGGAGCUUUCCUCAUACCCUGUAUGCCCUGCUUCCCACAAGAGGCGCAGAGCUCUUGACUCUGAUGCCUAGUUUUAGGCACUCUGGUUGUGCCAACCCAGAUUUUGGUCUGUGAUAAAACAAAGAGAAAUGUUUACAACAUCUAGAGCAAUAUCCAAGCAUACCUCAUCCCUGAGCUUCCAUGUUUCCCAGUCCUGCCCUCCCUCCCAUUGCCUCUUCCACAAGCUCAUGUCCUUGGGUAUCACUUCCAUUUAUUUCCUGUCUUCCUUUGCUCCUCAAGCCGGGCCUGUGCUGUGGACUUGCUCUCUGGACUCAAGGCUUGCUGGGUCCUGGGCCUGUGCAGGCUCCAGGCAAGCCAGGGCAGGAGUCCAGGCAGAGCUGUGACUUCCAGAAUUGCUCUCCAUCCCUGAGUGACCUUGCCCCACUGGAGGGCUAACUUGUUUGGGGGCUGGUGUGAGAUUCAUCAUUGCCCUUGGCAAACUAAAUAGAAUACUGUCAGUAUCAACCAUUCAUGGCCUUGGGCACCUCUGGGGUGAGGAAGAAUCCUCUGAGGCAGUCCUUCUCAUUAAACUUGAGCACGCACAGGAAUCACCUGGAAAGCCUGUGACAAGUGCUAAUUCCCAGGUGCACACCCAGAGAUGCUGAUCUGAUAGACCUGAGAUGGGGCCCAGAAAUCAAUAUAUUUAAUAAGUUCCUAGGUGGCUAGUGGCCUGUGGAUUUGGAAAAAGGAUGGUCUUAGACAGUGGCUCAUGACCUUGGCUGCUCCUUAGAAUCACCUAGGGAGUUUUUAAAACCCAGAUGUCCAGGUCCCACCCCAGAACAGCCAAAUCAGAAGCUUUUGGUAGAGACCCAGGCAUCAGUCACUUUAAAGCUCCACAGGUGACUCCAAUGUGCAGCUGAACUUAGGAAGCAUUGGUCUAAGGAGUGAGGAGGAACGCGGUGUGGGGGAGGGGAAAGGGGGGAACACAGCUGUGUGGACCAAGGGGGCUGGCGCAUUUCCAGAUGCAAGCACGUAGAUACUGAGGAACCUGGCCGGUCCUGGAACCUGACUCGGGAUGCUGCCUUGAUGCCCUCAGGGUCUGACUUGCUCUUUUGAGAUAAAGGUGAUUUGGCCCAAGCUGUGUGCAUUGCUGGGCAGCGGCCAUGCCGAAGGUGGUAGCUGAAGGGAUCCUUGAUUGAAAGACGCUCUGCCGUGCUUUCCGAGUCCUGUCUCCUCCAAGCUUGUCUCCUAGGCUGUUUCCCCUGUCUGUUUUCCUGCGCCCUUGUGUUUGGCCAUUUUUGCAUUAGGGUGUGUCUCUGUACCCAAGGCCACACGACAAGGUAGUUGGAACCCCCACUCACGUGGUGAGUGAAGAGCGUCGUGGUAAUAAUAAUAGUAGUAACACAACUUCCAAAUUUAUCAAUGGAGAGUGUCACAUCCUGGGGAUAUCAAGAUCUGUGAGGCCUUUUCAAGCCCUCACCAUUCCCUCUUUGGUCCCAGGUUGGGUGGGCAGCUGGGAAGGUCCUAGUUGAUUUUAAUCUCCGGUGCUCUCCCCAGAACUGCUGCUCUGAAUAAACCAAAGCUGUGAAAGAGCGUUCUGCGCAGGCUGUGGGCCCAGCCUCUGGGUGCAGGCCCUGGGCGCUUGAGCUGGGCAGCUCAGCUGGCUCUGCUGUGAGGGCAAGCUGUGAACUUAACUGUGCUGAAAGCUGGGGAGGGUAGAAUGGGGAAGACUGAAGAGGAAGGAGCGGGUGGGAGAGACCAGCCGCUAACAUGGUGUCUGCUUCUCCAUGGACCAGAGGAGAAGGGAUGAGUAGAAAAUGCAGAGGCAGGAUGGUCUCCCAGCAACAAGAGUGUCCAGAGUUCUCCUGACCCUGUCUGUGCCCAGUUCCACGGAAGGCAGAGGCAUCACGGUUUUCCACCCCAGGCCACCCUGCCAAGUGUCAGGCCUCUUUAAAUCUGCAUCCCUCUGGGUUAGAAGCAAGAGAGGUGGCAAAGCCUCCCUGGCACUGAGAGCCUGUUCCAACGUGCCACUCGGCAUGAGAUGGUGGAGGAAGAAGCCAAGAGCAGAGAUGCCUUCCUGUUCCCGCGGCCUCUCAGGACUCCACAAGAUGCUGUGGACCAAGACGGGAGAUCUCAGGAUGGGGCCACUGGCCUUCCUAGGUUGGGCUCUGGGUCCUUUUAAUAAACUGUUCCUUUCCUGGUUCUUACUCCCUUUUGGUCCUUCCGCUCCCUUCCCUCUGCCAGGUAUGGAAAAGGUGGCUGGGCUGGGUGUGCGCUCCAACCCCGGUAGCAUUAGCUGAGUCACGCGGCGAGCACACAACAGAUUUGUAGCAGCUCAUCUGCCAUAUAAACCGCUUGGCUGAUGGUGUCCUCAUUGAGUUGUUUCAUUACCAUGUAAAGUGGAAUCAUGUCUUUCACCUUUACUAUAAACAAGGCUGUGAGAACAUAAUAAACAGAACCUGAACAAGCUGC